CCGGCACCGCCCCUCCGCCCCAGUCACUGAGCCGUCGUCGAGGACUCAGCAGCUUUCCCUUUUCGCCCCCCUCACCUCCCGACGCUCCGUCCCCUGCCCGCCUUCUCCCACCGCCUUCCGCAGGCCGUUUCCACCGAGGAAAAGGAAUCGUAUCGUAUGUCCGCUAUCCAGAACCUCCACUCUUUCGACCCCUUUGCUGAUGCAAGUAAGGGUGAUGACCUGCUUCCUGCCGGGACUGAGGAUUAUAUCCAUAUAAGAAUUCAGCAGAGGAACGGCCGGAAGACCCUCACCACUGUUCAGGGCAUCGCUGAUGAUUACGAUAAAAAGAAACUAGUGAAGGCGUUCAAGAAGAAAUUCGCCUGCAAUGGUACUGUGAUCGAACACCCGGAGUAUGGCGAAGUGAUUCAGCUGCAGGGUGACCAGCGCAAGAACAUAUGCCAGUUCCUUGUUGAGAUUGGGCUGGCCAAGGAUGACCAGCUGAAGGUUCAUGGGUUUUAAGUGCUUGAGCCUCUCUGAAGCUCGAGUGAGGAUUUCCUUGCCAUGAGUAGAAAGAUUCCCUCCUGUCCCUUGUCAGAAGCUUAAAAUCCUCUCAGCUUGUACGAUGUAACCGUUGAGGUCUGCUGUAGCUUGGACUAGUGUAACUACUCAUGUAAUAAACAGAAAGAGCCAUGCCGUCUGGUCUUGCAGUGCCUCAUUUGAACCAGAGGUAAAGCAGCAGCCAGUGGGCCCCACCAGGUAUGGGAGACCAGCCCGGCACUAGAUCCCGGCUGCCACGGUCCUCCCGAGGCUGCUUGGCUCCCAGCGCACAGAGCUCCUGUUCCCUACGUGGGCCACCCAUGGAGACCUGAAAUGCAGAGGAUGGGAUGAAACCACCUAGCCCUAGAAGUUCUCCUUUCUCCCCACCCCCCGCCCCCACGUGUGAGAGGUGGGGGUGGGGGGUGGAGGAGGAGUUCCUAGUACCUCAAACCUAACCGGGGAGCGUUCCUGUAGUCCGUUUCAUCCAGAGAGGGAGUAGAUGGUGGCUCCCUCCCUGCCAUACGUGGCCACCCACCACCCCUCCCUGCGGUAAGCUUUUGACAAGGGAACCACUUCCAAACUCGUGUAUUCAAUGUUCAUGUAGCGGCCGAGCCUCGGAGCGCGUAACGUACUAGCAACUGCUGCCCAGCGCCAUGUGAAGUGACAGACUUGGUUUCUGUUUGAUGUGAUGUAAUGUAUUUAAACUCUUAUUUAAAUAAAACUGGUUUUCAGAA